AUGAACGACUAUCUAGAGAGCCCCUGCCCAGGAUCCAAGUCCAGCUCUCGCAACGGUCAGUAUGACAGUUUGACCAACGCCUGGGGGGAUGAUACACUGGAUACCCUUGAAUAUACAGCUGCAAUCAAGUUUCCGCCGCAGCUGCGAGCUACCUCACUGACCAACGCGAAGCCGCGACGAGUACGAAAAACGACAUCUUUCAGGAUUCAAGAAGAUAGCAAAGUGAACACAACUGGCAGUACCACGACAUCAACGAGACAGGCUGGUUUGAAGCGGAAGCCGCAGGAGAGGAGUUCUUCGAUUCUCGCUCAACCAGCCCAACGCUUCCAACGACCGCGCAUCAGUUCGACCGGCGUGCACAAUGAUGGUCCUUUGCAGCCUCAAAGAGUUAGAGAUAGCAGCGUGCUAGGAGAAAGGCUACAACCAGAAGAAAGGACACGCGUGAGCCUAAAGCCCUCUGAAAAUGAUAUCUUGAAGAAAGAUGUUCGCCGCCGUACAGUUUACAUUCCGACGGAAGACACGACUAUGCCAACGGUUUUCAUGAGUCUUUUCAGCCCAGUCAAAUCGAUGGAUGCAAGCAACGCGGUAGACGAGACCACUCCGCUUUACAGCUUGGAAGCACGCAUUGCGGCGAAGAAACAAUCAAGAAAGUCUACAAUGGAGAAAUCCAGACGGACGCCCCUACAACCCAGCAGAAAAGUUAGUCAACAGUCUACUAUGGUCAAGGAUGUUAUGGGAAAGAAUGGUGGAAAGGAAAACAUUCCGCCUGGCCACUUUAUGGAUAAGAAUAAGGGAAUCAGAGCCAACGAACCACUUUCCCGAUCCGACACAACAUCAAGAGAACCGUUGAAGGCAGCAUCGAAGGCUUUAUAUAAUAGUAAAGCAAACGUGAUCAAACCGAGACAAUCUAAAGAACCAGUUGUCAAGCCUAUUGGCCAAAAGUCUUCAAUGACCUUGUUGGCAGAGACUAAAUCGAAGGAUGUGAGAGCUUCUUUGCCUAAGAAAGCAGACAUCAAACGCACUGGUGUUAAGGAUCGUUCUAUUCUUCAGUCACACCGCUCGAAAGAAUCACUCGUGGCAGAAGCCCGUUCAAUUCCACCUCCCCAGCUCUCACUCCCCAAGGUUCGCCCUAUCAGCAUCGAUCAACAGUACCCGGUGCUCAACAAUGACAUUUCGAAUCCAGCCAUGUACGAAGAUGACUGGCUCUCGCACCAAGAAGUUAUUAUAACCCAGCUAGUGAACGGCCUUUUCGACUCCGUUGGGGGAAAGCUGCAGACACAGGAUCCGGAGGCACUUCGACUUGAGCUUCUUCACAUGUACCAAAGUGAUGCGUUUCUUUUAUUGUAUAGACGGUUGCAAGCCUCGAUACUCUAUGGUUCUUUGGCACCAUCUAAGGAUAUAUUACGCCGGGGCAGCCGUCUCCCCGAUGAUCUGGGCAUGAAAAGGUCAUUCUUGGAUUUUUGGUCGGAAACGUACGACUUAGAUGCGCUGAAGGCGGCAGCAGAGACUGUAGUCGGACGAAAAAUUACUUAUCAGCCAGCCCGAACAAGCAACGGGCCAUCAAACCUGUCAGGAAAGCAGCACAAGGCUUUGAAACGUGGGAUAGAGACCUUCUUGGAAAUCUUUCUUAUUCGAAAUAUGGAUAAACAAGACCAUGGAGAUACUCAAGAGGAUGUCGUCAGAGGGCCGUACCAACGUACCAUCCUCCGGAGUGUUAUGAUUAUAAUACUUCUCGAUAAGGCUCGCUUGGAUUCAGGCAACUCAUUGCCGCGGCGUUUGUUUACUGACAACUCUCCAUACAAGUCCUCUUCAGCUGCAUUACAAGCAUUGGCUAAUCUAUUGCUUCCUUCAAUGGGAGACAUUAACCGACAAAUCAAUCAUCUGAACUGCAGUCUUCUCUACAAGCAACAUCAGUUGCAGGAUUACGACUUCCACAUUCGGAAUCUAGCCGUAGAUUUGCGUGAUGGAAUUCUUCUGACGAGGCUCGUCGAGAUACUGCUAUACCCAAAGCCUUCACAAUCUCACACUGGCAAGGAAAUCUCCGACACGACAACUUUCAAUGACGACACAUCACUAUUAGGAGACGACACCACAGAAUGGCCGCUUUCACAAAAGCUGAAGGUUCCCUGUGUCAGCAGGGCGGCAAAGAUUUUCAAUGUUCAGAUAGCACUUGAUGCCCUAAAAGGGGUCACUGGUAUCGACGCAAUGGUGAAGGACAUCCAUGCAGAGCACAUAGUAGACGGAUACCGAGAAAAUACCAUGGCCUUGCUAUGGGUACUGGUUGGAAAAUGGGGCUUGGCGGGGAUGCUGGACUGGAAUGAUGUAAGGAGUGAAAUCGUGCGUCUUCAAAAGAAGCUUGUUUUUGGCCAAGACCAUCAAAGUUGCCAUGUGGACAGAUUGUACGACCUUGAACUUGUGUCACAUGAGGACUUGCUCAUCAAAUGGGCAUCGAUUCUCGCGCAGCUCAAAGGACUACGGUUGGACAACCUCACAACUAGCUUUGCGGAUGGGAGGAUAUUCGAAAGCAUCAUUGAGGAGUAUGAAACCUAUCUUUUUAAGAGUGUGGAGUCUUUGGAGAAACGGCCUGGAGCCCAGCAGGGGUGGCAAUCACGCCUGCAAUCCUUGGGCUGUAGUCCCCAAUUUGCAUCUCUUGUUGCUAGAUCGACUUCUGCAUCUCGCAUAUUUGAUCGAGAUUUCGUGCUCGGAGCCCUUACUUUUCUAUGCUCUCGACUUCUGUCGUCAACCAAACGCAUUCGCGCAGCUAUUGUCAUUCAGAAAGCAUGGCGACGGAUCACCGCCGAGGAAAACGCACGGCGUCUCGUGCUUGCCAAAGAGAUUGCCGAGCAAUGUGCCGCUGUCGCCUGCGCGCGUGACCGUUUACUAUGGGCCAAGGGCGUGAUUGUGAAAUGGUGGAGAGAGCAGAAACUGAAGAGAAGCAAACCCGUUGAUACCAAAGGCAAAAGGCCGACUAAAGCAAAGUCGACUCGCCGAAUGAGGCUCUAA